AUGGUCCAUCGCCACGGCAGCCGCUAUCCCGAAGUGACAGGUACGGAGCUACAGCUCGCACACAAGCUCACAGACGCGAAGGGAAAGUUCCAAGCCCAUGGAGCGCUGUCCUUUCUCAACGACUGGCGCAAUGUGCUUGGCGCUGAGAUCCUCGUACCCGUCGGCAAGCAGCAGCUAUUCGACUCUGGCGUCCUCCAUUACUACCAGUAUGGCCACCUGUACCCGAACGAUGGCAGCAAGAUCAUCGCGCGUACGACCACGCAAAGGAGGAUGUCGGAGUCGGCAGAGUACUUCCUUGCCGGAUUUUUUGGGCUGGGGUGGACGCAUAACGCGACGUUGGAGCGGAUCAUCGAGAGCAGGGGUUUCAACAAUACUUUGGCAGGAUACAAAGCGUGCAAUCGAUCGAGCUGGGCUGUCGGCGGGCAGACUUCGCGAGAUUGGGCUCAGGUGUAUCUUAAGGAUGCACAGAAACGCAUACAGGCCAACUUAACAGGCGAUAUAGACUGGACCAUGAACGAUACUUAUAACGCACAAGCUCUCUGCGCUUACGAAACCGUCGCGGUCGGCUUCUCCCAUUGGUGCGGCCUUUUCACCUACGAGGAAUGGGAAGCUUUCGAGUACAGUCUCGACAUCGCUUUUGCUGGCGGCACAGGCUUUCUCUCUCCCGUCGGCCGAGCCAUCGGUAUCGGCUAUGUUGAAGAAGUGCUUGCCCGCAUGGAGCACCACGUGCUGUCGUCGCCCACCGCGCAAAUCAAUACCACGCUCGACAACAACACCGUCACCUUCCCCACCAACCAAAACCUCAAUUUUGACUUUAGCCACGACUCAAAUAUCAUUAGCAUCCUCGUCGCCUUCGGCCUCACUCAUUUCGCGGAGUACCUCCCGCCUACUCAUAUCCUGCCCGACCGCGAAUUUAUAAUGGCGUAUCUCGAGCCGUUCGCUGGACGCCUUGAUAUCGAAGUCAUACAAGCACCUGCUCCGAUCAACCCGAACCGUUCCGUAGCGCUUGACGAGGUGUACGAAGGCGGUCCUCCGACCUCAUAUGUACAUUUCGUGCUUAACCAACGGACUGUGCCGCUAGGGACGAGUCUGAAAGAGUGUGGGAACAGAGAUGAUGGGUGGUGCGAGAUGAAGACGUUCUUGGAGGUGCAAAAAGUGCAAGUUGAGAAGGCGGAAUUUGAGUGGGCGUGUUUUGGGGACUAUGAGAUGCCAGAGUAUGGGGGUGUCAGGGAUGGCCGACCACCGAGGAAAAGAUGA